CCGCCCACUCUUUGGUGCACGCGGAAGCGAGGACAAUAUGGCCGCGGCCUCCAGCAGCUCAGACCGUAAGGAUUGUAUUUUGGAGCCCUUGUCAUUGCCAGAAAGUCCAAGUGCCGUAACUUCAGCAGGAAAUGCUGUUCAGGUGAUGCCGUGCUUGUUCUGUGAACAAUCUUACCAGACGGAUCAGCAGAAUGAUCUUUUGAAACACCUGAUUAUGCAGCACCAGCUCGUCAUAGCCGAUGUUAAACUGAUCGCAAAUUUCAAGAGGUACUGUUUUUAUUGGAAGAAAAGAUUUUCAGAGCAGCCAAUUACUGACUUCUGUUCUGUGAUCAGGACCAAUUCUGAAGCUUCAUUAGACCAGCAAGAAGACUAUUUUCUUCUUUGUGAUGUUUUACCCGAGGACCGGAUUCUUCGGGAACAGCUGCAGCAAGAGAGGCUGAAAGAAAUUUUGGAACAACAGCAGCAUGAAAGAUAUGAUACAAGCUUUCAGCGGCUGUGUAUGUUUUGCAGUGAGGAAUUUAAAGGGAACAGAUCAUACCUUUUCAAUCACAUGAAUGCAGAGCACUCUUUCAACGUUGGACUGCCAGAUAAUAUUGUGCAUUGCAAUGAAUUUUUAGAUGCGUUACAAACGAAAUUGGACAGCCUGCAGUGCCUGUACUGUGAAAAAACUUUUAGAGAUAAAAAUACACUAAAGGAUCACAUGAGGAAAAAGCAACAUCGCAGAAUCAAUGCCAAGAAUAAUGAAUACGACAAGUUCUACAUCAUUAACUAUUUGGAAUUUGGUAAGAGUUGGGAGGAUGUGCAGUCUGAAGAUGAUCGUGAAUUAGUGGACACUAAUGAGGAAGACUGGUCUGACUGGGAGGAGCACCCCAUUUGUGCAGUUUGUUUGUUUUGCGAAAAACAGGCCGAAACAACUGAAAAAUUACUUUGCCACAUGAAGAACAAUCAUCAAUUUGAUCUACUCAAGAUGAAGUCAGAUCUAGGUUUGAAGUUCUAUCAGCAAGUCAAAUUAGUGAACUUUAUCAGAAGGCAGAUCCAUCAGUGUCGAUGUUAUGGCUGCCAAGAGAUCUUCCCUUCCAAACCCGAACUUAUAAAACAUAUGGAAGAAAACAAACACUUAAGCCUUCUCCCUGAGAGAUCUUUGUGGGACCAACCACAGUAUUACUUUCCCACCUACGAAAAUGACUCCCUUUUGUGCACCCUGUCUGACAGCGAAGGAGAACUCACAGCGGAGAAUGAAAAUGAAGACAUCCCAGUUAUUGGAGAGGAUCUUUCAAAGCUUGAAGAGCUCAGGCAGACCAGUGUAUUAAAUCAGCUUCUACGUGACAAAGCUUUGAGAAGUUAAAUCUGCAAGUUCUGCACUCCGGAGCGGAAUCUUCUGUUUGCCUUUGAAGGAGGCAUACAAAACGAACAAUGAAAGCAAUCCCUGUGUUGAGAAAUAGAACACUGCAAAUUUUCCUGGCUUUGCAGUGCUCUUGAUUUGCACUCUGGGAUACACCCCAUACGAGGGUGUACCUUUAUUUAGCCCGAAUCAUUAUUUGAUAGCACAUGUAUUCAUUUAAAGUCAAGACUGCCUGCUGUGCAGGUUACAGCAGCUUAAAUCUAGCACAUGGUAGCAAGGCCUGAAUAGCCGUCAAGAAAGCAGUCACCCAAUUAAAAUGACAGAUUUUAAUGUCA